AUGGUCGAUAAAAACAAGUCAUCCGGUCUUGUCUUUAGAAUGGGUGAUGGUCAAAUUAUUAGAGGAUUAGAGCUGGGAAUAGAAGGAAUGCGCGUUGGAGGCAAAAGAACAAUUACAGUUCCUCCCCGCCUAGGAUAUGGAUCUACAAGAGUGGGUGCGAUUCCUCCAAAUUCACUGCUUGUUUUCCAAGUUGAGCUGUGCAGCAUUCUAAAAUAA